AUGAGGUUAAACCCGUGUACCACAAAAUCAGAUGCCCUUUACGAGUUCCACCAAGAACGAGGACACAAAAUCGAGGAUUGCAUCGCCCUAAGACAGGAGGUUAUAAACAUGCUACGACAAGGACACCUCAAAGAGCUGCUGAGCGAUCGGGGAAGGACUACCUUUGCUAGAGGACGUGAACAACAUCAGGGACCGCCGAAACUGCCCUUACCAACCCGCACCAUCCACAUGAUCAUCAGCAAUGGCGACGAUGCUUCCAUUAACAGUGUGAAGUUCACCACAGCCCACAAGCUCAAACGAUCAAUAACCCACGAACGUUAUGAUGAACUCAAAGAAAGUAUCAUCUUCGAUAAGUCAGACACUGACGAUUUGGCUUUACCUCAUUAUGAUGCCCUUGUUAUCACUUUACAAAUUUUAGAUACCGAUGUGAGACGCAUUAUGGUAGACGAUGAGAGCGGCGCGUGCAUUAUACACCCUCGAGUACUUGCACAAAUGAAACUCAAAAAUAAGAUAGUGCCACAUUGUAUCACAUUAAUGGGUUUUAACAAUGCAGUUGAGCGAACAUUUGGCAAAAUCACACUCCCUAUCCUGGCCGACGGCGUCACUCUGGAAAUCGUGUUCUAUAUCAUGGACCGAGUCAUUUCAUACAAGCCGUAA